AAACGAAAUUUCUUAACACAAAUCCAAUUUGAAUUUCUAAUGAAAAAUAUCGCAUAAAUUUGUAACAUAAACAACAACAAAAAAACUAAUUUCCAAAUGAACGUUUACAGAAACCCCAUCAUUUUUUGAAAAUCGUUAAGAUAUAUUUUGUUUGAUGACAAAAGCCGGAAAGUUUAGUUGUGAUACGCGAGCGAACUCCUGCAUAAAUAAUUAAAACUACUUUGAGAAAGAAGAAUAUUCUUCAGAAAGUCUAUUAACCAUCUUAGACAUAAUUUUUAACGAUAUCGUCACCUGCUGAUGCAGACUACCGCCCGAAAAUGUAUAUGUUCGUGGCAAACUACAGUGCAAUUGCACCUGAAUUGCGUUCAUUCAUCACGAGCUACUUAACCACAAUUAUCAUAAUAUUGAUUGCAGUUACAUUUUAUUGGCUUUUCUUGGUUCCUUGUAAUUGGAGAAAGUCUUUGCAGGGUGUAAGCUAUUCAACUGUUAUAAAUAUUGAGAGUCUUCGCAGAAAAUUAAAAUCUAGUAAACGAGACGAUAUAAAUCGCAUUCGUCGAACACGUUCAAUCGGCUUAAAGGAAUUGCCUCCUCCAUAUCCCAACGGCUGGUAUUGCAUUCUAGAGUCGUCUUUAUUAAAAGCACAGAAUGUUUCAUAUGUUUCAUGUCUGGGAGAACAUUUCGUUGUUUUCAGAACAGUUGACGGAUUAGUAAACGUCCUAGAUGCGUAUUGCCCCCAUCUCGGUGCAAAUAUGGGAGUCGGUGGACGGGUAAAUGGAGAUAAUAUUGAAUGUCCCUUUCAUAAAUGGAGUUUUAGAGGAAGUGACGGAACAUGUGUGAAUAUACCGUACAGCUCUACAGAACCCAAAGGUAUCAAAGUUCGAAAAUGGAUUUGCCGAGAAAUAAAUGAUAAUAUCUUCGUGUGGUAUCAUACAGAAAAAGAAAACACUCAGUGGGAAUUGCCUGUUAUUAGUUCUAUUGAAAAAAAGGAGUUAAUUUUUCAUGGUCGAAAUGAAUUCUACGUGAAUUGUCAUAUCCAAGAAAUACCCGAAAAUGGGGCUGAUCUGGCCCACUUUUCCGCUGUUCACAGAGCAUGCUUGUUUGCAGGUGUGGAAAAUCCAGAGAAAAGUGCACUGGCUAAGUUUGGACAACAUCAUUGGCAGGCGGUGUGGAAAACUUCAUUUGUACCGAAAACACACAUCGCAUCACUGCACUUAACACAUGCCAUCCAAUUGCUUCCAAAAUAUAAUCUCUUGCAAAUAGAUGUGGAAGCAAAACAGAUUGGUCCAUCAGUCGUACACUUGCAUUUAAUGUCGUCGACAUUCGGACGUAUUGAAAUACUGCAAACUGUAACACCUGUUGAACCGCUGGUACAGAAGGUGAUUCAUAGAUUCUAUGCGCACAAAGCUGUGGGACCUUUUAUGAAGUUACUGAUUUUUGCCGAAAGCGUUAUGUUUGAGCGUGACAUUGUUAUGUGGAACCAUAAAACAUUUCGCAGCAAGCCACGGCUUGUGAAGGAAGAUACUGCCAUAAAAAAUUUUCGAAAUUGGUUCGCCCAGUUUUACACAGAAAAUAGCAAAUCUUUUGUGGAUGCGCACGGAUGUUUGGACUGGUAGAAAACCAUUUUCAUUUGAGAUUUUUAAUAUUCUUGUAAUGAAAAAUAUUUUUCUAAUAAAUGU